AUGUCGUUACUCGGUUCAUCAUCAGAAAGCUGUGAGAUUACACCUGUAUCUUCACGAUCAGCUACCCCCGACACUUCCAAUGCCAACGUCAACCCUCUCAACCCACAAGGAUUGAAACCAUGUUGUGCAUGUCCCGAAACAAAGUCGAAACGAGAUGACUGUUUCCUCAAAUCCGCCCCUGGGGAAGGUGAUGUGAACUGCAGGGAAUUCAUAGAAGCUCAUAAAGCUUGCAUGAGAGGGUAUGGAUUUAAGGUGUAG